AGGAAAUGCGCUGAGAUCGCGCGGAGGCCAGGAGGCAUUGAGAUCGCUCCGAAUGCGGGAGUUUGCAGUCCCUGCCAUUUCCGAGGCCGCCACUUCAGUCCGUUCGGCCUCCUCGCGCGGCUCAUCGUCCUGCUUCACCAUCCGCCCUUGCGGCUCGGCUGACGAGCUUGGCGAUGUGCGUGGGCAGCUGCGGAAGCGCGAGCACCAGCGCGGCUUCAUCAACUCGAUUCUGGACGUGCGUGACCGCCAGCUCUACCCGCGCGACUUGCUAGUAGCGUGGGUGCCCGCGCGUCGGGGCGGCCAGCGUCCGGCCGGGGUCGUGCGCCGCUCGCUCAAGUUCGACAAGGCUGCUGGUCGCUCGAGUCUGCACGUGGACUUCGUCUGGGUCGCGCCCGAGUUCCGAGGGCAGCAGAUCGGCCGUGCGCUCCUGGUCGAGAGCCUGCAGUUUGGCAAGCCCAAGGACGUACGGCUCGAGGUUGCGGGCAGCGUGUCAAACAUCGUGGCGAUCCGGUUGUACGAGAGCCUCGGCUUCCGCUGGACCGAUGCCUCGCACGCCGAGAUGCUCCUCAGCGCGGAGCAGGCGCGCGCGGCCGCCGAAGCCUACGAGCGAGAGGCUCCCUCCCGCCCGGCCGGCAGGCCGGGGGGGCCGCCAUCCUCCGCCGCCUCCGCCGCAACCACCGCCGUCGCCGCGGCAUGGGCGACCUCCGACAUCGCCAGCAUCGCGGACGUGGUCUCGCCCUUUCCGUCGCGCUCGCCCUCGCGCGCCACGCUGGUGGAGGACGCGGGGGAGCAGCCGGGCCAAGGGGGUGGCGACAGGUAGAGAGAGCCCUCCUGCGCUUUCCGACUUAUCAGAUACCCCGCGCGUCUGUGUGUGUGACCUGUCAUGAGUGUGCGCAUGUCUCAAGUUCUCUGUUCCCGCCGUCCCGGCGUGUCUAAUGGUCUCUCCGACGGGCCCCCAGUCUCUCCACGCGCGGCGCCUCGCCGCCGCGCGCGCCGGGCCCGCCGCGCCCGCGGGCGCAGCUUGCACCGCUGGCGCGGUGGCGCUGCCCCGCCGGCGGCGCCCCGCCGGGGCGGCGAGGGGC